UCUUCUGUUCGUUGAACUUAACUCUAGAUUUUUCUCGAAGGAACAUUAACUGUAGUGACAGUGCCCGCUGCUAGCAGAGCCGCCGGUCCUGAUCACCGGCGCACUCAAAGGGAAUAUAUCAAAAACACAAUUUCAGAUUUCAGCUUCCGGAACGAAAUCGAAAUGGUGGAAUUCUCGAAAGUGAAUCUUAAAGACAUCGAGGAAGAUGAUGAAGGAGAAGAGGAGGGGGAAGAAGUCGAAUCAGCGCCGCCACUGAAAGUGGGCGAAGAGAGAGAAAUAGGCUCAAAUGGGCUCAAGAAAAAGCUCAUGAAACGGGGCCUUAAUUGGGAGACCCCUCAAUUCGGUGAUGAGGUUACCGUUCACUAUGUGGGAAGUUUGUCAGAUGGGAGUAUAUUUAUUUCAACAAGGGCUAGCAAUGAGCCCUUCACUUUGAAGCUUGGACGUGGGGAUAUAGUUAUCGGGUUGGAUCAUGGAAUUGUUACAAUGAGAAGAGGGGAAGUGGCGCUAUUCACCCUGCCUCCAGAACUAGCAUAUGGAGCAUCAGGAAGGGCUGGCAUACCUCCAAAUGCUGUUGUUCAGCUUGAAGUAGAACUCUUAUCAUGGAUUACCGUGGUGGACGUCUGUAAGGACGGUGGAAUUAUCAAGAAAAUCCUUGAGAAUGGGGAACAGAUUGGGCCUCCUGGUGAUCUAGAUGAAGUUCGUGUUAAUUAUAAGGCGAUGCUGGUUGAUGGCACCAUUGUAGCAGACACACGUGACGAGGGCGUGGAGUUUUAUAUUAAAGAUGGCCACUUUUGUCCAGCAUUAGUGAAAGCAAUUAAGACCAUGAAGAAGGGAGAGCGGGUCAAUUUGGUUGUUCAACCACAGUAUGGCUUUGGGGAGGUGGGUAAGAAGUCAAAUGAGCUUCCUUCAAUCCCCCCUAAAUCUACUCUGAGCAUUUCUGCGGAGCUUCUUUCAUUUAAGAGAGUAAUAGAUAUUACUGGUGAUUUGAAAGUAAAAAAGAAGGUUUUAAGGGAAGGUGAAGGUACUGUCACAGCGAAUGAAGGUGCUGCUGUUACUGAUAGGAACUAUCUCUGGAUUACCAAGUGCAGAUGUAAUUCUGGAUCUGUGAGUCUUCUAGUUAGGUACAAAGCAAUGUUAGAGGAUGGUACUGUAUUUGAGAGAAAGGGUAUUGAUGGCGAGCAGCCACUGGAGUUCAUCACAGAUGAAGAGCAAACAAUUGUCGGACUAGAUCGAGCAGUAAGCACAAUGAAGAAAAAUGAAUAUGCAUUAGUAACUAUUUCCCCUGAAUAUGGAUUUGGAAGCACUGAAGUAAAGCAGGAUCUUGCUGUGGUUCCACCAUCAUCAACUAUUCUAUAUGAAGUUGAAAUGUUAGAUUUCGUCAGGGAAAAAGCACCUUGGGAAAUGAGCAAUGCAGAGAGGAUUGAGGCAGCUGCUUGGAAGAAAGAAGAAGGUAAUCAACUCUUUAAAAAUGGGAAAUACCAAAGAGCUGCAAAGAAAUAUGACAAGGUACUUCAGGCAGCUGAUUAUGUGGGCGAAGAUGGAUAUUUGACGGGCGAUGAUGAGAAAGUGGUUAAAUCAUUGAGGGUCUCAUGCUGGUUGAAUGGUGCAGCUUGUUCUCUGAAACUAAAUAAUUUCGGGGAAGCAAUCAAUCUCUGUUCAAAGAUCCUCGACGUAGAGUCUUGCAAUGUGAAAGCACUGUACAGGAGAGCUCAAGCUUAUAUGGGGAUUUCAGAGUUGCACUCAGCUGAAAUGGACAUAAAAAGGGCCUCAGAAGCAGAUCCUCAUAACAGGGAGAUCAAGUUAAUACAGAAGAGUUUGAAACAACUCCAAGCGGAGAGCAAUAGAAGAGAUGCAAAGCUCUAUAAAGCAAUGUUUCCAAGUACGAGCAAAGAUGCUUCUACUGCAGCAAAGAGGCUGAAAACGGGAGAGGAUGAUACGAGGGAUGAGUAUGUUUCAGCUAUGGAAGCCGGAAAUGCAUCAGUAGAUCAAGCUGCUUCUGAUACAACAGCUAAAACAUGAUUCUUGUCGAACUGUUGAUUGUUACAAGAAAUUUCUUUGUUGUUAACAUUAAAGCUGUAUGUGAUGUAGUUACUGUAUUACAAUCACAAGUUUAGCUCUAUAGGUAUAUGUUUUAGGAAACACAUGCAUAGUCCUUAGAUGUUAUAGUUAAGCCUAUAUUUAGACAUAAGACUUUGAAUUUAAAGGAAGCAUUUAAAAAA